AUGUGUUAUGGAAAUUGGGAAAUUUUAAUUUCCACUCAAGUUGUUGCUGGAACUGUAGCCGCACUCGUGCAAACAACAUUACUAUAUCCUUUUGAAUUUUUUAAAUCAGUAUUUCAACUUCAAAGAAAUGUUAAGGAUUGUCCCAAAUAUAUUCAAGGGGGUUCACAUCAGUUUAAGACUUAUUUUGCUGGUUGUUUAUCGGUAAAUGUGGGAAUUCUAUUGAAAACAGGAACACGAUUUUAUGUGUUUGAUAAAGUUAAUGAAAUGUUGGAAGGAGAAAAUAUCUUGGGAAGUCGAGUUGUUGUUGCUGGUGGUAUUACAGGAUUUAUGGAAAGUUUGUGUAUAGUUCCAUUUGAAAACGUUAAAAUGUUGAUGAUGGAAAAUGCAUUAAUUCAAUCUUAUAGAAGAGAGCAUCCUAAUGAAAAGCUUGCCCUUACAGAAAUAAAAUCUAAACAUGCUCAUAAAAAAACAUUUCAUAAGAAAGCAAACUUAUCACAGAAUGAGAUUUCAUUUCUACAAUAUGAAAAAUCGCCAUCGAAUGGUUUAUUUGGAGGGAUCAGAGAGUUAUAUUCCACAAAAGGAAUCAGAGGAUUUUAUCAAGGGUGUGGUUUAACGAUUUUUAGACAAGUAGGGAACUCUGUGACUUUGUUUACUAGUUUUACAAUAUUGAGUCAAUUGUUGAGCAAUCAAAAUACAGGCCGUAUGGAUAGUUAUACAACUGUAGCGGUAAGUCUUUUAUCGGCUAGUUCAGUGGUUGCCAUUACUCAACCUAUUGAUGUGAUGAAGACAAGAAUGCAAAGUAAGUAUGCAUGGAAAUAUUACACGAAUUCUUUGAAUUGUGCUUACCGUUUGGCUGUAGAGGAAGGGAUUGGUAAGUUUUGGAAAGGAUGGGCACCUAGGUUGAUGAAAAUUGGAUUAUCUAGUACAGUUUCUAUAUCUAUGUAUACGUAUGUGUCCAAUGUACUUAAUACUAUGAGGCACGAUGGUGUAUUAAAAUAA